CUUGAGGCGUCCAGUUCUCCAUAGUUAAUACUGGUCAAUUUCACAAACAGACUACUAUUUCAUAACAAUGUUAUAUAACGUUGACUGAAAGAAUGCACUUUGUACACUCGCUAAGUAUUUCUCUCAUUUAUUUCCAUCGAUCCUCUUGUCGCUUCUCUCUCCAGUCCAGCGGGAGGCGCUGAGACACAUGCGCUUGUUUGCCAAACACCAUUAAACACCAGAAGAAGAAGAUUAGAUCAACCGCACUCUCUGUUGUUUUGUCGUGAUGCUGGCUUAAUAUUUUAUGACUAAGUUUUGAAGCGAGUAGGAAUACCUGGAGGAGUAUCAUCUGAACUGAGAUCUGCUGCUGUAAAGAUGAUGUUUGUUAAAGAGGAAAGUGAAGAGAACACGAGUGAACCAGAAACCUGGAGAAUAAAACAGGAAGAACCAGAAACCUGGAGAAUAAAACACGAGGAACCAGAAACCUGGAGAAUAAAACACGAGGAACCAGAAACCUGGAGAAUAAAUCACGUGGAACAAGGAGGCCUGAUGAAAGUGAAAGAGGAAAGACAAGAUCUGAAUGAAGUGGAAGAGAAGCAUCAGCAUCAGAAAGCUCAUGAUGCCAACACUGGAGAGAAAUCAGUGAGUUGCUCCAAAACUGUAAGCAGUUGCUCACAACGCAACAUUCAAAGAAAAGAAGCCAAAAGUCCUUUUACCUGCUCUCAGUGUGGAGAGAGUUUCAAACAGAAAAGAACCCUUGACGAACACAUGAUGAAUGUUCACAAUGAAAAAAAGCCUUUUACUUGCUCUGAGUGUGGAAAUACAUUUAUACGCAAAGGAAGCUUUAAGUAUCACAUGCUAAAACAUACGGGUAUAAAGUCUUUCACCUGCUCUCAAUGUGGAAACAUGUUCAGUCAUCGUGGAAGCCUUUGGAAUCACAUGAAAAUUCAUGCUCAGAUAAAGUCUUUCAGCUGCUCUCAGUGUGGAAAGAGUUUCACACAGAAAAGAAUCCUUAAAGAGCAUGUGUUAACUCACACUUUAGAAAAGCACAUAACCUGUCCUCAGUGUGGAAAGUGUUUGUCACGUAGAAGAAGCCUUGAAAAAUCACAUGUUAGUUCAUGCUGGAAUAAAGCCUUUCAGUUGCUCUCAGUGUGGAAAGAGUUUUACACGUAAAGCAAACCUGAAUUACCACAUGAUAAUGCAUGCUGAAAUAAAGCCUUUUAGCUGCUCUCAGUGUGGAAACACUUUCACACGCAAAGCAAGCCUUAACAAUCACAUGAUAAUUCAUACUGGAAUAAAACAUUUCAGCUGAUCUUAAUGUGGAGACUUUGUAUAUCAAGAGCCUCAGAAGCUGAACCAUCAAUGACAAAACAGUUUCCUUCAUGUCAUCACUUCUUGAUGCUGAUGAGAGAUAGUGGACAAACUAUCUUGACCAAGAUUUUAAAUUAACAAUUGAAUACCCUUAAUCAUGGGCGCAGGUUUGGUCUCAGCUUUGGUGGGGACACCCCCCACCCCCGGGAAUUCUUUUGUUGUAAGAUACCAGUGAUUUAAUGGUGAUUUCCUUUUUUUAUUUCGGACUGUUGGCAAUACACAAUAUCACAAUACAGAAGUGAACCAACUUCAUCUCAUUAUAUUGUAUCCUGACCCUGAUAUACCAUCCUGUAUACUGUCCCUAAAGAGCAAGUAUAACUGUAUAAUCUCAAAAAU